AUGGAGCAUUGCAAGACUAAUGGAGAUGAUUAUGGUGUUGAUGAGUAUAAUGAGAAGAAAAAAGGAAAGAUGAUAGAAUACAAUGUCGAUGGAGAUGUUGAUGUUGCUGACACCAUCUUCUCUGAAGAAGAAAACAGAGAGAAAAUUUCGAACAAGUUUGCUUCAUGUUUCUAG